GUGGAUAAAACACGCGUGGCCAGCAGCAACAGGACAAACAGGAGGGAAAACGUGAAUCACCUCCUCCCCGGUGGAAAGGAGCCAAGUAGAGAGCGCCGUUUUUCUUCAGGGGGAGCCAUGAGCCGCUGAGUGGAGAUGCAGCAGCAGCGGUACUGCCUCCAGAGGUGGAAGUCCUGUCUGUCACACGGCUGCGGUUCGUCAGCGAUAUAUGGCGGGAUGUUUGAGGCAAGCCGUGGGGAUGAACUCGCGGGCGUGAGCGGCGUUAAGACGAUUAAUUUGUCAGAGGACUGGCAGUCCAGGCGGAGUAUGGAGAAGCCCUGUGGGACAGCCAGCGAGUGCCGCUCUGAACUCGCGCUGAAUUCGCACCCAACCUUGGGUGGUGUGGAGGAGCCGUGGAUUCAGCAGAGACAGCAGCAGAGACUCGACAGAGGAGCCAAAGGGACUCUGGCCGAACCGAACACGAUACCGAACAACUUCAGCGUGAAAACAGAGGAGAAGCACCGGGAGGACGGUGUUCACUUCCAGGCUGGCGACAGCCAAGGACAUUUCUCUCGACACUGCGCGUUUCCAUUCUACACACACUACUACGAAGCUUCUUUCCCUUUGCAUACUAUCAGCGGGUACGAGCUACCACUUGGUUCUCCGGCGUCGCUGGCGGAGAAGGUGCCCGAGCAUCUGUACCCGGGCGGAAAGUUCAGGAGCGCCGUUUCCUCACCAGGGCUUCUGCAGACCUGCAGGAUACCCCCGCCCGGCUUUAAACACGGACUGGGAGAUGUGAGACUACUGUUCCCAAGCCAGCGCAUUUGCCAGGUCUGUGGGGAGCAGGCCUCAGGGUGUCACUAUGGAGCGCUUACAUGUGGGAGUUGUAAAGUGUUUUUCAAGCGAGCUGCCACGGGCAAACAGAAGUAUCUGUGCGCCAGUCGGAACGACUGCACCAUCGAUAAGCUCAGGAGACGAAACUGCCCAUCCUGUCGUCUUAAAAGAUGCCUCGAAUCAGGGAUGAGUCUCGGAGGCCAGAAGCAGAAGAGAAUAGAACAGGCUGAAGCAGCCAAGAGUGAACCUGUCCAGAUGUCUGCAACAGUCAUUUCUCCCAAGCCUGGGCUUCAGACCCAGCAUGAGAUGCUGAGCAUUCUUGAGCGAAUCGAGCCUGCUGUGGUGAACGCUGGCCAUGACCAGGCUCAGCCUGACUCAGCAGAUUCACUGCUAACCAGCCUUAACGAACUGGGAGAGAGGCAACUUGUCACGGUUGUCAAAUGGGCAAAGGGGAUACCUGGCUUUCAGAAGCUGCACCUGGAUGACCAAAUGGCCGCAAUUCAGUACUCCUGGAUGGGAAUCAUGGUGUUUGCCUUGGGCUGGAGGUCCUUCAAGAACGUCAAGGCCAGAAUGCUGUACUUUGCCCCUGAUCUUGUUUUCAAUGACCAGAGGAUGCAGGUCUCCAGUAUGUACGAGCACUGUGUCCGCAUGUGCCGUCUGUCUGAAAGCAUGGGCAGGCUUCAGGUCACGCAAGAAGAGUUCCUCUGUAUGAAAGCUCUGCUCCUCUUCAGCAUCGUUCCAGAGGAAGGGCUGAAAAACCAGAGGUGUUUUGACGAGUUGAGGACGACCUACAUCAACGAGCUGGACCGCUUGGUUACACACACAAGCCACAGCAACCACGCAGAGAGGCUGUUUCAGCUCACACAGCUGCUGGACUACCUGCAUCCGAUUGUGAAAAAGCUUCAUCAGUUUACAUAUGACUUGUUCGUCCAGUCCCAGUCUCUUUCAGUGAAAGUGAACUUCCCUGACAUGAUCUCCCACAUCAUAUCUGUUCACGUACCAAGGAUCCUCACGGGCACGGCCAGGCCAAUCCUUUUUCACAAAUAACAGUUCGACCUUAAGAUGUCUGCCUUUAGCCACGCCUGCUGCACAUCUGCUGCGUUUUCUGCUGGAGUCACUGUUAGCCGGUAUCGUUUUUUUACUUUUACAAGCCGAAAUAUUGCCUUGCCUUUAACAGAAAACUCUCCCGAACCCUUUAACUGAGUCAGUGUCUUUUUUCUUAUUCGACGACGAGGAUCCUCUCCUGUUCAUUUGCUUUGGAAGUAUUGUUGCGCAUUGUAUCAACCACAGGAAGUGUAGUAUUAAAAAGUACUACAAAAUAAAAAGCAAUUAUUUGCAAGUUACAAGUACUAAUGGACAUUUCUGACCACAAGACUAUGGUUAAUGGACUUCUGCAUUAUAGAUUAUAAGUCACUUAAAGGAAAAUCAGAUUUACGUGCCUGUACAAACAGCUCAUUUUGAUGCACACAUUAUGUGCUACUGCAGCAUGAAAUCGUAUUAACUAGACUUUGGGGGAAAAAAAUACACAAUUGUAGAAAAAGGAGAGAAAACAAGUAAAAGCUGAAAUGUUUCAUCCAAAAAAAGGAGAAGAAAUUGCACUAUAGUAAGUGAAUGUAGUCAAGUAAAUAUACUAUGCUGAUUUUUUAUUUUUUUGUCUUUGUUUUUUUAUUUCAGCAGCUAUAAACUACAGUAUCAGUGAAAAGUUUGGACACACCUCUUUUUAUUCAAUUACUUUCUUUCUUUUUAUGAUUUUUUACAUGGUACAUUUAAUAUCGAAGACUAUAUUAAAGCUGUACAGGAACACAUGCAGAUUUUUUCUGUAAUUAAAAACUGUAAAAACUAUACUUAAUAAUAUUUGUGUUUUAUACUAAGUAUCAUAUUUAUCUUUGAGGACAGAUCUGCACUCUCUUGGUAUUUGCAGUAAUCUUAGUGUCUUCAUAAGGGAGCGUUAACUGGAAUAGUUUUCUUAGCGUCUUGAAGGAAGGAGUUCCUGGAGGUGCUGAACAAUAGUUGCUGCUUUUCACCUUCACAUUAAUUCCAUAUGUGUCCCUUAAUUGUUUACAUGUCUUUAAUAUAAUAAUCUACAAUGUAGAAAAUAUUUGAAAUUAAGAAGAGGUGUGCCUGAACUUUUGACUGUUACUGUAUUUGCACUGAAACAUGAUAAAACAAGUUGAAUAGUUAAUUAGUAAUAUGUAAUUUAUUUGUAUUUUUAUAGAAAUAUGCACAGAGCCUUAUGUAUGUAUUAUGACAGUCAAAAUACUUCAAUUGUUUGCCUUUGCAAAACUUAGAAGGAGCUACACGAGAUUAAACGUGUGCCAAUAUUUGCAGAUUUGCUAGAUUUGCUUGCAAAUAUUGGUGCUGUACUUUAUUGCCUUCACGCUCGGACCCACCAAGAAGUAGAACAAAAAGUCAAAGCACCCAUAAAUUGUGUGAAGAAGGGCAAUAAAGUCCUGAGAGGCUUGCUGACUCACCUCUCCUACUAUAAAUAAGAGCACAGAAAGAGGCAAUAGAUGUUAUUAAAGCAGAGCAGCACAGCUCAUUACUUACAAGGAUUGGGUUAUUGAAAUAUAUGCUACAGCCCACAAGCACUUCUCACACUGUUUCACUAUUAUGUCUGAUUUGAUUAUUGAUUGUUGUUGCCGAACUAUUUACAUAUUUUUACUAAUGAGAGGUUGCAUUUAAUUCUGAGGACCUUUUAUUCAUGGCUAUGACUGGAAAUAAAAUAGAGUACAAUAGACCAGGGGUGUCCAAACUUUUUUUUGUUGGGGGCCAGAAAGAGAAAUAUAUUUAAAGUCACUGGCCACACUCCGUAAUGAAACAACUAAUGAAAUUUACCACUUUAAAUAAUAGUUUUUUCCUGAUUAUUUCAUUUACACACCAUUUUACUUGACUUAUUAUCUUUAUCUUUGACAGUGUUGUGUAAACUAAGAUUUUUCAAAUUGAUGUUUAAUUUCACGAUGUCUCUUAAUAUAAAACUCCUUAAUUACGUCAACUUUUAGACUCUUUGGCCCGUUUUUCUGCGUUAGAAAUGCGCACCCUCUCCGCUUUUAGACUCUUUGGCCCGUUUUUCUGCGCCGGAAAUGCGCACUCUCUCCGCUUUUAGACUCUUUGGCCCGUUUGUCUGCGUUAGAAAUGCGCACCCUCUCCGCUUUUAGACUCUUUGCCCCACUUUUCUGCGCUAGAAAUGCGCACUCUCUCCUCUUUUAGACUCUUUGCCCCAUUUUUCUGCUCUAGAAAUGCACACUCUCUCCGUUUUUAGACUCUUUUGCCCCGUUUUUCUGCGCUAGAAAUGUGCACUCUCUCCGCUUUUAGACUCUUUGCCCUGUUUUUCUGCGCUAGAAAUGCGCACUCUCUCCGCUUUUAGACUCUUUGCCCUGUUUUUCUGCGCUAGAAAUGCGCACUCUCUCCGCUUUUAGAUUCUUUGCCCCGUUUUUCUGCGCUAGAAAUGCACACCCUCUCCGCUUUUAGACUCUUUGGCCUGUUUUUCUGCGCUAGAAAUGUGCACCCUCUCCGCUUUUAGGAUCUUUGGCCCGUUUUUGACGCCUAGCGUUCAAACUUUAAAUCUCACAUUAUAAAAACCUGCUUAACAGUGGGCCAACUUUCAUUCUAUUUCUAAAAUGAGCGGCCCGCGGGCCGUAGUUUGGACACCCCUGCAAUAGACAAUCUUAAUGAAUAAAAAAAUACUUAACAAAAUAUUUAAUUAAGUAAAAAUAAUUUUUGCACACAAUAGGGUGCUAUUUCCAAUGUUGUGGGAAGUAGGUUUGAGAAAGAAUUUAUUUAAAAGAAUAUUUCACUAUAUAUUAACUAUAUAUUGAUUAGUAUUUAGUAAACUGACUGUGGAAAAGCUGUAAAUUGUACUGUUAUUACUGCUACUUCACUGACAUACUGGCAAUACAGCACGCACAUUUAUAUAAUAGAGAACAGUUUUGAAUGCAGCUGUAAACUUAUGCAAUUUGUCUCCUUUCAGGUCAGAUGACCUCUCUAUAUGACUGAUAAAUGAUGUCUGGUGUGAAUAAAGCAAAGUAAACAUCUUUCAUGCAUCUCCUGCUACAUAAAAGAUGGGUACUUGUGGACUUUCGUGCUCAUUUAUUGGGUCUUUUUAUGGUGUAUAUGAUCAAUGCUCCUUUGUAAAUCUCAGACUUUUAAGCCAAGUAUAUCCUAUAGCGUAAAAAUGCUUCCAGCACUGAGACCCAUAUUCAGUACCAUCACCCAACCCUGCAGACCCCUCUAGUGGUUACAGUAGAAACAGCAGAACUUUUAUCCCAAUCACAGAAGAGAAAGAGCUUGAGGCAUAUGUUCAAUAUAAAGUGUACAGCAUGUGUAUGUGCAUUACACUGUAUGUUACAUUUCAUUAAAGAAAUGACGUUUGGCAUGUUAA